GGCGUCAGUUGAAACGAGAGACUAUGUUCGCUCGUGGACGUCCAAGUCUCCAAGAAUCGAAUUGCGUGUACUUUAAAUAUCGGCAAAUAUAUCUAAUUAGUCUGCAGAUUACGAGUUGUUGUAAUACGUAUUGUUGAGUGAUCGACCAAGCAACGCAAGACCCAGACCUGAGCGAACGCGCCCCUGUUGUUGGCUUGUGAGUGCGUAGUCAUAGUCGUCGUCACUUUCGAGGGGAAAGUUGCUCUUUUUUUCCAAGUUGUGCAAUCUCUGCUUGACAAUGUGCAACUCAGGAUACCAUCCACCCGCAUAUACUUUACUUGGAUAUUAGCGAAUCAGUUCAGUCGUAAAACAUUUUUGUUGCAACACAUCAACCUCUUGGCUUCAAGAAACAUAGCUAAUCUGUUUGACAUUUUUGUGCAUGAUCCUGCUCUGGAGAUGCAUGCAGUCGACUUUGUCCGAAAGCAAAACCAUUUCCGUGGACCAGCUCACUGUCAAUCGAAUUUAGAAACUUAAGGAGGACAAUGCGAUAGUGAAACUUGCACCUGCAGUACAAGACCGCAGAAGGAAUAAGCCAUGAAAGAAGCUGUACAACAUUCAGGAGAGGUGUAUUACAAUGUGGGAAGCACUGCUUUGGAGCAGGCACACGACGACAAUGGAUCCAGAGUCCCUUCCAACGCAGAAGCCCAGGGCACUGCCGUCUUCAACCCAGAGAAAGGGCACCCGGUCCGGGGACACUUCCCUCAGGGCGGCCCUUUGAAGUGGAUGCACCAGGACGCUGUGCAGGCCCCGGGCUGGGCUCAGGGUCUCCCCAACAUGCCCGGCUGGAGCCAGAACUUUAGCCCGUACCGGGCAGGCAUGGGCGAGGCCAGGGGGCAGAUGGUGUACGCCAAGCCGAACCACGACGCCGACGGGCUGCCCCUGGAGAAGCCCCCGCCCCAGGGCUCCAGCGAGGCCUACAAGGAGGCCCAGGCCCAGGCCCAGGUGAGAGGCCUGGACUGGGACCAGCGCGCGGCCGCCGCCGCUGCCAUGCGGCAGGCUCAACAGCUCCAGGCCUUCCAGCAGGGCCACAAGGGUGGCGAGAUGCCGUGCCCGCCGCACACCAUCCGCCCCGGCGCCAUGCAGGGCUCCAUGCUUCAGCCCUUCCAGCUGGCGUUCGGCGCCACCAAGCAGCCCGUGCCCCCGGCGUACUACUUCCCGGCGAACAACGCCAUGGCCGGCAUGCCGUACGCUGGCGAGCAGCCCAAAUCGCAGCACCAGCUGAUGCAACUGCAGCAGCAACAACAGCAGCAGCAGCAGCAACGUCAGCUCCAGCAGCAGCAACAUCACCAAAUGCAGCAACACCAGCAGCAGCAGCAGCAGCAGCAGCAACACCAGCAUCAGCAGGCAAGGCAUCAGCAGCUGCAGCAGCAGCAGCAACAACAUCAAAUGCAGCAGCACCAUAUGCAGCAGCAGCAGCAGCAGCAGCAGCAGCUGCAACAAAUGUAUCAGCAGCAACAUUUGCAGCAACAAAUGCAUCACUUGCAACAACAACAACAACAGCAGCAUCAGCAGCAACAACAACAACCGCAACCAAUUCAUAUACAGCCACAGCCUCAGCCAAACCUGCCCCAGCAGGAGACCAUACCGACCCAGCCACAUACUCAGCCGAAGUCCCAGCAGCUCGACCCUCACCCUCCGCCCUACCAGUCCGACAGCCAGCCCUCCAGUGCCAGUCCACCGCUCCUCUCCCAGCAGACCCAACCCCACCUCCACCCCCAGCCCCAGCCCCAAAGCCUGGCAGCACCACAGCCCAAACCCCAGGAGUCGCCAGUCUCCCCAGUCUCCCCAGUCUCCCCACCCACCCUCACGGAGCCGAGCGCCCCCGCCAAGCCCGCUCCGGAGACCCAGGAUCCGCCAGCGCUCCCCCGCCGCUCCAGACGGCUGUCCAAAGACGGGCUCUCGCCCACGGGAGCGGUGCCGUCGUCCAUCCCGUGGAACCAGGCCGGCGGCAAGGACGCCUCGGGAGCCAACAACAGAGGGGAGGGCAUCCAGGGAAUGACCGGAGGGGUGAUCCAGAGCACCAGAAGACGUAGGGCCUCCAAGGAGAUCAACUUGGAGACGCUGGCCCAGAAGGCGUCGGAGAUGGAGUCGCUUCCUGCUAAAGUCAUCAAGACGGAAGACGGUGCUCCAGGCAAGCAGGGCGUGGGAGGGGGCAUGGUGCCUCUGGUCAUCCCAGUCUCGGUGCCCGUGCAGCGGGAUGCGGCCCACGGGGAGCUGGGCCCCGGCUGGGCGCACGGUCGGGCAGGGGCACAGGAGGCGGCAGGGCACCACUACCCCGCCAAACACACGCCCUCCGUCAUUGUGGCGCGUCGACGGUCACUGAAGAACACCGCGUCAGACAACCUGGGGCAGGACGAUGACGGCCCCAAGUCCAAGCGGCGGCCGCGGCCCGAGCCGCUCUUCAUCCCGCCGCCCAAAGUGAGCAACUUCAUCGCGCCGUCCGUCUACUCGAGCAUCUCGUCCUACCAGAGCCACCUGCGCUCGCCCGUGCGCCUGCCCGGCGACAACCCGCUGGCGCUGCCGCCCUACACGCCGCCGCCCAUCCUGUCGCCGGUGCGCGAGGGCUCGGGGCUCUACUUCUCCACCUUCCUCUCGUCCAUGGCGGCCGCCGGCUCGCAGGGCUUGCCCCCGCCGCCCACGCCCAAGUCCGCCACGCGCAGUCUCCUGCGCUCCACCAGCAGUACAGACCUCACCCCCCCUGUGCUCCCCCCAAUUGGAGAAGCCACACCUGUCAGCCUAGAGCCGCGCAUCAACAUUGGGCUCCAUUAUCAGGCGGAGAUUCCGGAGAUGCUGGACCGCUCCAGGGCCCAGCAGGACCAGCACAAGGCCAAUCUGGUUUGGGUCCCGCUCCAGGAGUCCCCGUCCAGCCGGGACAAGGACGAACGAGUGGACGACCUGAUGAGCCUGGCCUGCUCCAGCGUGCUGGCGGGAGGAGGGACCAAUCAGGAGCUGGCGCUGCACUGCCUGCACGAGUGCAAGGGUGACGUCAUGGAAACACUUGCUAUGCUGUUGCUGAAGAACCCAAUGUAUGCAGAAGGCCACCCUUUAGCAGACUACCACUACUCAGGCUCUGCUAACUGGAGUCAGGAGGAAAAGCGCUACUUCAACAAGGGCAUUUCUGCCUACCGGAAGGACUUCUUCAUGGUGCAACAAGUGGUGCAAACGAAAACAGUGUCUCAGUGUGUAGAGUUCUACUACACCUACAAGAAGCAGGUGAAGAUCGGCCGAAACGGGACGCUCACUUACGGGCCGCCGGACCCGGAGGAACACGGCACCGAGAGCAUUUCCAGAUAUCAUCACACCUCUGAUGAGACUCAGGACAACAAAACCUGGCAGGAGACCCACGAGCGGACCAACGAGUCUGACCUGUCCAGAGUGAUUCACAACCUCCAUAACUAUGACAAAUCAUCGGCGGAGUCUGUGAUCAAGUCCGAGAGAGAUGACCGGCGGAGAGAGGAGGGGCCUCCUGGAGCACCGCCCACUCAGGCUCCUCCCAGCAGCGCACCGCGGAAGCCUCGCGCAGAACCGGCCGGGAAGAAGAGCAAACCGCCACCCAAGGGUCCACAGGAACCGGAGGGAGAGUUCCCCUGCAAGAAGUGUGGCAGGAUCUUCCACAAGGUGAAGAGCCGCAGUGCCCACAUGAAGAGCCACGCCGAACAGGAGAAGAAGGCCGCCGCCCUGCGCCUCCGUGAGGAAGAGGAGCGCGCCGCCGCGGCGUUGGCCCAGCAACGGGCCGAGGAAGCAGCCGCAGCAGCAGCAGCAGCGGCGGCCGCAGCGGCACAGAACGGAGGAGUGGACGAAGACGAGGACGGCAUGGAGGAGGAGAAGGAGGAGCGGAGAGGCAGGGGGAGGGAGCGCGUGGUCCACAGCAGCGGGGAGUCGUCGGAGACGGCGGAGGAUGAGGAUGAUGAAGACUGGCAGUGAGGAAGAGUAUGGCCAGGGCACAGACCUUCACAACCACCACAGCACCCCCCCUCCCCUACCCCCCCACCCUCCCUACUCUCCGCCGGCUUUUGAAAACUGCAUGUGAGCACUGACUUGAACUCCUUGAGGGAGUUGGUGAACCUCACUGACCUACAGCAGCCUAAAAAGCCUACCACAACAAAGGCGCUUCACCAAGGCCUCGUAGGACUGGCCGACGCAUCGGUCACCCCUGUCCAGCAUAGAAGCCCCGUUGGAGACUCUUUGCCUUACAAUCGCCUUCACAUCACUGAACACAAAUUGAUAAAGAAAAGAAAAAUCAACUACUUUUGUACUGCAGGACUAGCCACCAAAACUGGGUGCCUUGUCUAUUUGAUGUUGUUUUUUUUUAUUAUUGUUAUUAUUAUUUUACUAGACAAUCUUUAUUUGGAAUCCUUUUUUUGUUUGUUUUGUUUGUCUGCACUCCAUAGGAUUCAAACAAACGGGUUUAACUGAUUCUCCGCCAUUUCACGUUUCAUUUUGAGGAGUCGCCAUAUUUAGCGUGUCGGUUUACAACAUGUCCGGUUACUUUACACAUCGAAACAGUAUGCGUACAAUACACAGUACUUUGGCAGCCGUUGGAGAUCUGCGCUUUUCAGUCUUCCAGUUGUUUUGCAUUACGUGGCUGUUGUUGUUUGUUGUUUUUGAUUUCUGUUUUCGUUUGAUGAGGUAAGGGCCUCGGCAUGCUUUCGUUGUCCAAAAGAGACUGCCAAAGUUGUUCUGAUAUCUAGGGCACCUGAGUUUGUUCAUCUAUAUUCACUGGUAUUGACGGACGAAGAUGUGUUUGGGCUCGUCACAAAGUUAAGGCGGAAUGUGCUGGUACUGGAAGUGUUCAUGUGAGGAUGUGUGUGUGUGUGUGUGCGCGCAUGCGUGUGUGUGUGUGGAUGGGUGAGUGUGGAUGUGUGUGUGUGUGGGUGGGCGUGCAUGUGGGAGAAUGUGUUUGCAUGUGUCCUCAGGAACAUACAGUAAGGAUGUCGGAUAUCGUCAAAGUAACUGUUGAGUGUUUGUUUUGUAUUCCUUGGUUAAAACUUUGAACUUUAAAAAAAGGAACACCAACUCUCUGUGCACAUUGUUAGAUUUAUACUUAACGAUUUUUAAACUCUAAAAAAUAUAUAUACUUAUUCUAUAUGAUUAAGGGACCUUGAAAUGAAUGUUUUUGACUAUAAAAUGUAUAUAUGGUGUAAAUUGAUAUAUUUUAACAUCCUCUAUAUUGUCUGAGAGGGUGUGAUAUCAAAUUGAUUGUGAUUGUUUUUCCCCCUUUUUUUAAAAAAAGAAAACAAAUGCUAUUAAUCGCUUGUAUAAUCAAGAAAGAACUGCUAUUUGGAUAGUGUUAUGCAUUUUGAUUAAAAGCCAUUAUCUACA